UUUCUGUUCUUCGCCGUUCAGUGAUUUUUCAUUUUUGUUUGCUCGUUUUCAUGGAUGAGUGUAUCAGUAAGAAGCGAGUUAGAGAUGACUUGAACGAGUGGGAUCUGGAUUCGCCCGAGAUGAAGAGACUCAGGGAUGAUUUCUUAGAUUUUCUUGACGAGUCGGAAUCUUUACCCGUUAAUCAAGACCUUGCAUCGGUAAUGAAGAGUUUGGAAGAGGAGAUAUCUGCUGCGCCGUCUACUUCGACGGAAUCGGUGCCGGUUGUUGACCUGACUUCUGAUUACGGUGCGUCGCAGGCGGAUCUCGGUUACCUUCUCGGUGCUUCCGACGACGAGCUUGGACUGCCUCCUCCUACCGCUUCAACAACCGGCGGUGAAGAAAGGUCCGAAGUUACUGAUCUGGCGCCAGUCGAGUCACACUCGUCUGGAAUCGUUGAUUUGUGGGGGUUUGAGGUGCAGAACCCGGGCUACGAUUCCUUCGAGUCUGGAUUCUUUGAUAAUUACGAUGUUGAACAUGUUUCUUAUGAUGGAUUGUUCGAGUACGCCGAUGUUUAUUACGGCUCCUCCGAUAUUUCCGGCUAUUUAUGGCGGCCGGAAACUCUGUCAGCGGAGUAGAACUCCUGAACAUAAAUCUAAAAAAAAUCAAGCGAAGCGAAAUACAAAGCGUAGCCGAAAUGUAAAUUGUUUUUGCCCGUCAUAGAAUUUUUUAAUUAAA